CGUGAAUAAACACAGAUCAAAUUACUACGGCGAUCAGUGAAAGCAAGGCAAAGGUCCAAAUUUCUAUCAAAUACAACAAUCUGGCCUGCAUCAGUCGUCGCAAACUCUAUAAGCACAGUAAAAAACACUCUUYAGAAGACAUCGACAAAUGGAAGGGCUUCUUUUCGAAUUGUAUCGAAGUUUUCGGUGUUCAACGAUUUGAAACCGUCAUGUGGGACAGAAACUAACCGUCAAGAAGUUGGAUUUCUUUCUCCUUGCUYUGUAGCGUACGAUGGCUACUGAGAAUGGCACUACUAAUCUUCCAGUAACAGAGAUUUAUACAUCUUGGAUCAAUAGUUAUUUGACUGGCAAUAAAGUCUCUGAUCUGCAAGAAGAUCUAAAGGACGGCAAUGUUUUGUGCCAGCUUCUGGAAAUAACCACGAGCACCAGACUGUUGUCUACAGAUGAAGAAAAGGACGAGAAUGAAACAAAUUUAGUUAAAGCGAUUAAUUUUAUUAAAGGAAAAGGCAUUGAAGUUGGUAACGACUGUGUAGAAGAAAUAAGUCAAGGUGACUUGGAGGCAAUACUUGAUCUGCUAUGGCAAAUUAUACUAAACUUUGAUGUCCACAGCCACACCCGUGCGCCAUAUCAACGUUCUGUAAGUAUGGGUAAAAGAUUUCUUAUYGAGUGGAUAUCCAAGGAGUUACCUGAUGUCAUUGUGGAUCUCAAAGGGAACUUUGUUGCUAGUUUUCAGAAUGGCUUCCUGUUAUCAAGAAUCAUUUCAAAAUAUUGUGAAACAGACAGCAAUGGCAAUAGUGAAGAAUUACAAAAUGCUUUGAACAGUGAUAAUAUUGAAAGUGUUCUGAAUACAGCAAGCACUCAGCUUGGUAUUCCAAGCUCUAUCAUCAGUCCUGAAUUAUUGUGCAGUGGUCAAAUAGAUGAGUACACACUUCUUAUAUACCUGGCGGUACUUCGUAGAAAAAUUAGUGAAAAGAAAGGAGAGGAGGUGUUUAAGGGCGGCGGUUCCCCUACAAAGCACCCCACCCCACAAUCCACGCCCGUCAAAAUUAGACCAAAGACACCACCUAGUGGCUUGAAUGGGCAGUCACCCCUGUCGCCUGCGACCCUAAAGAAGCUGGUAGAUCAACAGGCGAAGUCACACGAAGCAAUUCAGGCGUUGCAAGCCAAGCUUCAAGCCAUCAACUACCAACCCUUUUCUCCCAAGCUACUKAAGGGUGCCCCAAGACCGGAGUCUCGAGAAAUGCCUCCUGUAUUUGGAAUAAGUUGUGAUUCUACUCCGGGAAGACAAAGYCUUCCCGAAAUCAUCGAUUACAACAUGAAAGAGGAAGAUACUGGUARAAGUUCUGACAUCGACGCGUUUAAUGGCAAUGAUUUCUUCGAAUCGAUGUUAGAUGCUAUGAAGGAGUAUAUGAUUCCCAAAGAACCCASUAACGGSAACCAMAMKAUUAGCUCUGAAAAUGAGAAAAAUACUCGUACAMAACAACAGCUUAAUGCGGAAGACGCUGACAAAGGAGCUGAAGUGAGUUUGGAGAGGCUAGAGGUUGAUUCAGAGACGAGCAAAGAGAKUACAAUSRAUGAUUCUAAGCAAGUAAAUGGCGAUAAACCACAGGAUGAAUAUUUGGCUAUUAAUCAAGGAAUGRCAAAUGGAGACUUGGAAUUAGAAGUCAUUAAUAGUGAAGCCAACGAAGCAAAAACCGUCGUUCCUGCUAAAAGCAUCAAUACUAGUUCAAAAGACGAAACUAACGAGGAGCAAGAUUCCACCACAGACGUUCCAGAAUCGCCUCAAAAACUCGCCARACGUGUCCAGUUUUCUGGAUUAGACACUGUAUUUGCAGAUAGCAAGGAUUCCGAGUCUCCCAACACAACGAUAUCAGAAACAAUAUCGCCAAACACUUCAAGCUCACCAAAAGAGUUGUCAUUUUCCGAUAAUGAUGAACAGAAACUUUCAAUGGAAGAUUCCAACGCAUUAACAGAGAAAGCACCGUGCUUGGAGACUGUYACUUGGGCUAGUUUAGGCCCUUCUUUUGAACUCGACGGCAAUGACUACGAGCCUGGGAACASCUCUGUCAUCUUUGAUGAAGAAAAUGAUCAAUUUAUGAUGUAUUUAAACUCCAUCGAGCAAACUGCUUUGAAAUUUAAACUGCAAGUUGAACAAGCGAAAAUUGACACACUUCAGAUCCUUAAGAAGAGAUUGGAACAGGCUUACGAAGGGACUCCUCUGGAGGAAAUACCCGCCAAAGUACACGACAAACUACAGGAAACUAUUGCGCAAAUAGCGACCGAAGAAGUCAAGAAGUAUGAAUCAGUCCUGAGCUCUGACAUGGAAGAAGAGUUUGAUGAUGAGGARUGUGGUAUACUGCAACAAAUGCGCGUUGAACUCGAUUCACUAGCUGCUGAAAACUACAGGCUAACCCAAGAACUUGAAARUACGAAGAAAUACGAAACGGAAUAUCAUGAACUUCAGAAAAAAAUCGAAGGAAUGGAAGACGGYUUAACGUCGAUGAAGCACGACUAUGCGACUAAAAAUGGYGAAAGCGAAUUUCUUGGGAAAAGAAUUGAAGCUCUUGAACAAGAAAUGAUUUCAAUGCGUGUCGAAUACGARGAGCAAAUCCGAGAACUUCAAAAUCAAAAUAUCGAUUUACAGAAAGAGUGCCUUGAACUAGAUAACGAGAAUCGAGCACUUGAGGAUGAAAUUCGUCGGAUACAAGUCGGGUUAUCGGAUCAUUCAACCGACGAAGAAAUCUCUCGGGUGCAAAACGACGAUUAUUUAGCCGAGCGAAUAACGGCGGCCGAACUUGAAGCGGUGGAGCACCGAGUAAAUGAACUAGAACGUCACAAUAAAGCUCUUAAAGCGGCUGGCGAGGCUGAUCAUGCCGUGGUUGUCUGCCUCGAAAAAAAGGUUGAAGAACUGGAAGGAAGCUUAAACGAAGCAAAAUCGGCAAACAGCGAUUUGUUGACUGAGUUGCACGAUUCUCAACGUCAACAAGCUUCUGAUAGAGCCAAGUUAACCAGCUACAAAGAAGAACUUGAGGCUCUGAAGCGCGAGAAUCGUGUUCUGAAGUGCAGCUUAGAGACUGCCGAAAAUGAAGUUCAGUACCAAAAACGUCGGAAUGAGAGAAAGAAAACGGACUCGCUUACUCGCUCACCGGGUAGUCUGGGUAACAAGAGAGAAAUCUGGAAUGAAAUUCGUGAGCUGGAAACUAUAUUGAAAGAUGUACAAAAGGAAAAAGUAACGAUCGAAAAGAAGUACAAGGCGUUUCGACAGGAUAGCAAUGACAAGACAAGCAACAACACAACUCGUAACUCAACACUUAACCUCAGUUCUCCAAGCUGUGCUUCUCCUGUAUCGACAACUCGAUCAUCGCCCGAGUCAACUCUCACUCGACCAAAGAAGACGUCGUCUUUGCUGGAAAGAGUAAAUAGYUUACUGGAAAAGUCGAGUUUACCAAAUGGAACCACUUUGCCACAUCCAACAAGAGAUAACAAGAUCAAAACGACAGAUGAAAAUGCUGACAAGAGUGUUGGCACAACGAGAAAUAGUGAAGAGAAAGCAAAAAGUGUGUCUGAUGAGCUCACCUCACUUCGCAAUCAUGUCGGCAGUCUUGAAGCUGAAAAGGCUUCCAUUCUUCGUGAGCUGAGCCAUCUACGAACACCGAAGAAAGACGAAAAACCCGAGUAACAACUGAUCCUAAAGACUGGUGCCCACUGAAACCCAGUAGCUGACGAUCAUGAAGAUUUUAAAAYAAGUUAACUUGUCGGUUUUUGUGACUGGAAAAUACCAAAUUGCUGGCAAAUGACUUAUGGAAUUUUACUAUUUCCGGAAAAUAUACAUUGAAAUACUAAGAUUUUUACAUGAAAAAGCUCGCUUUUUAUCAAAUUUUGUCAUAAAAUUUAUACAAGUUUUGAAA